GGGUUGUCUGACUUUUGUUUUGUCGUGGCCGAGUGGGUUAAGUCUGGGAACCAGCAGAACGCCGGUUCGAGUCAUCCCCAUUGCCCCCAAAAUUAUUUUCUCACUGGUUCUACAUUUUGCAGGUGGUGACGACCCGAGGCAGCUGGUGAGGUCCUGAGACAGCUGGUGAGGUCCUGAGACAGCUGGUGAAGUCCUGAGACAGCUGGUGACGUCCUGAGACAGCUGGUGAGGUCCUGAGACAGCUGGUGAGGUCCUGAGACAGCUGGUGAAGUCCUGAGACAGCUGGUGAGGUCCUGAGACAGCUGGUGAGGUCCUGAGACAGCUGGUGAAGUCCUGAGACAGCUGGUGAGGUCCUGAGACAGCUGGUGAGGUCCUGAGACAGCUGGUGAAGUCCUGAGACAGCUGGUGAGGUCCUGAGACAGCUGGUGAGGUCCUGAGACAAGCUGUGACGACCGAACCGCUAAAGGAACAUGCAGCAGAUUAGAUAAGAUUAGAUUUUUUUAUUCAGGUUAAGGCCGUCAGCUCGCUACUUUGAGCAAUUUGGAUCUGGCAACCGUGCUUCCAGAGGCGAGGCCAGCGUCGAGGGUCACACCCAGCCACACUCAGGGGGAACAUGGCAUCUGCUAUCCGCCAAAACUACCGCGAAGACACUGAAGCUGCCAUAAACCGAUACAUUAACCUUGAACUACACGCCAGUUAUGUCUUCCUGUCUAUGAGCUACCACUUCGACAGAGAUGAUACGGCACUUCCGGGGUUGAGCAAAUUCUUCAAGGGCCACAGUGAUUUUAAUAAUGUUAAUGCUCAAAAGUUGAUGAAGUACCAGAACCAGCGUGGAGGUCGUGUUGUCCUGCAGGAUAUUCCUCCCCCUCCCAAACAGGAGUGGGGUCAGGGACUGGAGGCCAUCAUGACUGCCUUAGAUCUUAAGAAACAACUUCAUAAGGGGCUCCUAGAUCUUUGUGAAGGAAUAUCCGAGGAAGAUACCCAUGCGCUCGAUUUCCUGAAUGGUAAUUUCUUAGGCGAGCAAAUUGAGACCAUAAGGAAGCUUGGAGACAUGGUGACAAAGCACCAGAGGGUGGAAGGAAAUAAUAUAGGCUUAAGUAUGUUGGAUAGAGAUUUAUUAUAGUAUGAACAUAAUUGAAUGUUCUUUAAAAAUAUUCUGCAUUUCUACUCUCAGCAGUUGUAUGCUUAAUAAUGUCAAGAAAGUUAAUUUAGUUAUAAGUUUUUACUACAGUUCCUCCAAAUUUUUUUUGGAGGUACUUUUCUCCAUUAAAAGCUGGAAUUAGAAAUCUCGACUUGUUUACACUUCUACUGUAUAACGUAUUCAUGGAAAACUGAUUAAAUUCAUAUCAAUAAGAGUGGGAUAUAGGAAGUACACAUAUUUUGGGUCAAGUAUUAAUACUCUAAUGGCAAAUGGCAUUGGAUAAACUUGGGUCAGAGAAAUUUAAGAUAAUUAUUGUAGUUCUGAUCCAUAGCAUAUAUUGAAAGAAAUAUAAACUGAAGUAUUUGGUAUAAUAUAAAAAAUUAAUGAAUGAACAAAAAUUAACAUUUAUACUGUAUACAGUAUGCAGUUUAUUGGCUAAGUAGCUGUACUGGCCUUAAUGUUGCACUUGCUGUAAUCCUUGUAAGCCAGGACAUUACUAGCCGUGUCUACCUUAGACGGAAACAAUGCAAUCUAGUGCCAAUUAUACUUUAUACACAUGCCGGCACCAGUACGGUAUCUUGUACAAUGUAAUUAUACUGUCCAUAUUCUUUAGAUGAUUCCAGGCACACCUGAGAAGUAGGGUAGUGGAAUUAUGAUGGCAUGCAUCAGUUCAAUCAUUCUAGGGUUUAUAAUUACCCAUUUUAUAGUGUUGUAAUAGAAACGUAUUAAUAAUUUUUAAUGUUUACGGCUUUGGGUAAUUUUUUAUGAUGUGGCAUAUAAUGAUACAUGUGUAGCAGACUCCAUUUAGUGUGUAUCAGUUCUCAGCUGUAGACUAACACUAGAUACACUGCAGUACUUGGUUCUUUGUAGGAAAUAAUAUUGUGUACUCAAAAGAUUGUGGGGGUGCUUGCUUCUCGAAGCACUUUUUGUCAGUAGUAUCACUACGGUAUCCUCAAAACAGAAAUCUCAGGUUGCAGUAGUUGUAGUAGUAGUACAGAAGUCUUUUGCAGCUAUGUUAUGUCAAAGGUAAUAGAAUAGAAUUGGUAAUAAAUUUGUGAAACUUUACUUUGUAAUUCUAUUUUUAUUUUUUUUACUGUACCUGUAUUGGAAUGUAAAUGACUAAAUACAGAAUAUUGACAAGA